CUGUCGUCAUGCCACCAUAGCCAAAUAUUUUGGGGAUGCCACUCCACAGUGCAACAAAUGUUGUGAUUAUUGUAAGAACCCAGCAUCUGUGAAAAAGCAACUUGAAGCAUUGGAGCGAUGUACCAACAGCUGGAGCAGGACCUGCAUUGGAUCCUCUGCUUGCUCAUCAGACCCAGAGUUAUAUGAAGGAGGAAGAAGAGGUUACGGUGGCUUCAGCAAAUUAUGGGAUGAAGACGGUAGGAGUGUGGAUGAAGCCAUUGAAGAGAAUCGGAAAAAAAAGGAAUGGAAUAACUUUUAUAAGCAGCAGAUGAUGCUGCGCAAGACUAUCAUCCACCACAUUGGUCUUCUGAGACUAGAGCCAUCUAUGGUAGUAAAGAGGCCGAAAAAGACAAUUUUUGUUCCUCCAGAUGCUGAUUGUCCCUUGAAAGAUGCAGCCAGCAGGAAAAUAGCCAGAAUCACAGUGAAGGCUAGAGAGCACUGCCUGAAAAUGUUAGAAGAAGCACUGAGCAGCAAUUUGCAAGCCCGGCUAACAAAAAAUGGGUCAGAUCCUCUAACAUGUGCUGUGGAAAUGGAGUAUGAGGCUUUCCAGAUGAGUAAGACAGCAAAUUUAUACAAGGCUGCCGUUCUCAAGAAGGUGGCAGAAAUUAACAAAGCUUCCAAAGAUGGAGAGCUGUAUUCUAUGCUUGCCUUGGGAGUGAACGGCUGUCCUAGUGUAAAAGCUGAACCAACAACAUCAGCCGAUGAUGGUUGCCAUAUACCAUCCAAGGUGAACACGUUCAAACCCAAGAGGGUGGGAAUUGGAUUUCGGAAGUCAUCAGAUGUGUUCCAGCCAGCUUCAGAAGUGUUGAUAGCCAAGGAGAAGGGUGAAAUUAAACCUGACGAAGAGGAAAUGAGCCCAAAUUGGGAAGCAGACUGCAGUCAUAAGCCCGAAGCUGGGGAUGAUGUCAGCGCUCCUGAGAGCAAAGUGAAAAGAACCAAAGAAAUCAGCAGAAAUGCUGGUGAAGUUCUUGAAGAGGGGCAGCAAAGCACUUCCAGUCCUACAGCCUCCUUGGGAGUUAGUCCCACCAAGAAGAGCAAACCCACCAAGAAGCAGCUGCUGCUGGCAGAAGCCGCCAGGAAAGAAUCUCAGAACAUUUCCAAGUUCUUCUCUAGCCAGAAAACAGGCUCUAAGGCCUUGGACUCAGCUCUUGAUGUAGCAGAGGAGGAGGAGGAGGAAACCUGUUAUCUCAGUGAACGACCACUAUCUCUUUCCCAAAGACUGUGUGAGGAGAAAGAAUGGCCGGAAACCGAAAUGAUCUCCAAAGAAGAAAGAGCUGGUGCAUCUCAUCUAGAAAAGCAGGAAUUAGGGGAAAUAGGGGACAGUUCAGCAAUAAGAACUCACAACUCAGAAACUGAAUCCUCGUGCCCAGGGUCACCCCAUGGAAAAUCAUGGUAAGCAUGAAGUUAUUGCUUAAAAAAAUAACUGCUACAAG